AUGAUGCGUAAAAAUAAAAAUACUGGUCCUUGUGCAGUUGAAAAUUGUAAAGAAAAUGAAAAAGGUCCUGAGUAUGUUACUUUUAGAAGUAUAACUGAUAAAGCAUUCGAUAAGUUAAUGAAGCAUCCAGAUUAUUUAA